AAUAAAGGAAGAAGAAGAUAUGUAAAUAUAACCAUACUUUUUCUGUAAAUAAAUAAUAAAUAUUGUUAAUUAGAAAAAAUGUUAAUAAACAAAGACACCACCAUACAAUGCCAAAGAGUAAUAUUAAUACCUUAUAAAAAAGAACACGUUUUAAAGUAUCACUUAUGGAUGAAAUCAGAAAACCUGCAACAUUUAACUGGAUCGGAGCCUUUAACUUUAGAAGAGGAAUAUGAAAUGCAAAAAUCAUGGCUUAUGGAUGAAAAUAAAUUAACAUUCAUAGUACUUGAUAAACAGAAAUAUGAAGAAACACAAAAUGAAAUAUAUUCAAUGAUUGGGGACACAAAUUUAUUUUUUGCCAAUGCAGAUGACAGAAUAUGUGCUGAGGCUGAAAUAAUGAUAGCAGAAGAAUGGGCCAGAGGUAGAAAGUGUGGAUGGGAAACUAUGCUACUUAUGUUUAUGUAUGGCAUACAAUAUUUAGGAGUGAAACAAUAUAUUGUAAAAAUAUUAUAUGACAAUGAUAUUAGUAUGAAGAUGUUCCAUGAAAUGGGCUUUGUAGAAGUUAGUAGGAGUGAUGUUUUUAAAGAGGUUACUUACAGCAAACUAGUGGAUGAGCUAUGGAUAUCAUGGAUGAAAAAUAAUUUAGGAAAUUUUAUUGUGGUUGAUAAAAAUGCUAAAAAUGAUUUUGAUGAAUAAAAGUGAUAAACAAUUGAUGUCC